AUGACCUCGGUCGCUGCGCGGGCGGCGACGCAGGACGAGCUCGCCUUUCUCAGCGAGUUCCUGGAGCCGACGACCGGCGACGACAGCUCCGACGAGUCCGAUGCGGAGCUCGACUGCAGCGCGCCGGCGCCGCGCUCGCCGCCGCCAUCCCGCGGCGGCGGCGUCGCGAUGCGCCAGGUGACGCGCGCGGAGCUGCGCUACGUGCUCGACGACGCCGCGGCGCCGGAGCCGGAGCGCGCGUGGUCCGGAGAGGCCGAGGAGCUGUCGGACGACGACGACGGCGGCGGCGACGGUCCGGCACUCGCCGCGUCGUGCUGCCGCCUCGCGGCGCCGCGGCGCUGGCUCGCCGCCGUCGCGCUCGCGCUCGGCGUCAGCGCCGCGGCGCCUCCGGAGCCGCCGGUGGACGCGGCGCUCCUCGCGCGGCUCGAGGCGUCGACGACUGAGAGGAUCAACCUGACGCUCGGGGCCGGUGACUACGUCGCGUCGGGCGCGGCGGCGGCCGUGGACGCGUUCCUGGCGCCGCGCGUCGACUGGGCCGUCGAGCGCGAGCCCUGGGGCGGCCGCGGCGGGCCCCUCGUGCUCGCGCGCGCGCGCGCGGACACGGCCGCCGGGGCCGUCUACCGGGAUUUGGCGACGCUCUGGCGCGACGCGCAGUGGUCCGGGGGCUGCGGCCGCGCGCAGAGCCUCGGGGGCAACAACCCCUGGGGCCCCAUCGUCGACAUUUGGGCGCGGAACGCCUGGGCGGCCUGGAGCCGCGGCGCGACCUUCGUGCCGCCGUCGCUCCGGGGCUGGUACCUCGCGGCGCCGGCCGACGACGCCUUCUGCGCCGGCGCGGCCUCGCAGUGGGCCUGCCACUUCCUGCCGCUCUCGGCCUGCGACGAAAUCGCGGAAAGCGGAGAGGACGACGACGCGCGCUUCGUCCGCGUCUUCUCCCGCGGCAACGUCACGGUCUGCCGCGGCGGCUGCGACGACGCGGCGCUCCGGGCCGCGGGCCUCGCGGGGCCGCCGGACCCGCGGCUCGCGGCGAUCUUCGCCGCGGCCCGCGGCGCCGUCGACGGCGUCGCGCCCCACGACCUCGUCGGCGCCCUGCUCCAGCGGGGCGUCGCGCUGCGGCCGAGCUACCGCGUGCGGCAACUCGCGCGACCGCCGGCCGUCGAAGGACCCUGCGUCUUCGCGCAGAUCCGCCACGGAUCAAAGACGUCGCCCCAGUGGCUCGCGCGGCACAAGACGGCGUCGUUCUUCGUCGACCUCGCCGACUACGCGCGGGAGGCGCGCGCGCUCGCGCCGCCGGGGCAAGCGUUUACGCUCUUCGUGGCCACGGACGACGCGGACGCGCUCCGCGACGCGCCGCGCCUCGACGCCGAGGAUCUGCGCGUCGUCGCGGCGCCAUCGUCAUUCGGCGCCGAGUCGAGCGAGGCCUUUUGGACCGGCGGCCGCGCGACGUCGAUGCACCGGGGCCCCGCGGAAUUGGCGCGCAUCCUAGCGACCCUCGAGGCCGCGGCGGCGGCCUGCGGCGGCUUCGUGGGCAACUGCGCUUCCGUCUUCGUGCGCCGCGUCGACGCGGCGCUCCUCGCGCUGCGUCUGGCGCCGUACCGGAGCUUUUCCUUCGGCCCCCGGAGCUGCCUCCUCGACAAGGCGACGGACGCGGCGCUCGGGCGGACCUGCGUCUCGUCGUGCCGCAACGCCACGGCUUGCGCGCUGGCCGGGCCCGGCCCGCGCGCGUGCGCGCCGGCGCCGGCGCCCCUGGCCGGGCCGGGGCGCUUCAAUGCCAGGGCGGCGGCGCUCGGGCUCGACGUCGCGGCGCGGCGCCUCUCCGACGCGCCCCGCGUCGGCCGCGGCCACUCGACGAACCCGAAGGAGCGGCGGAAGCGGAGCCACGAGAAGGCGCUGCCGCCUCCGCCGCCCUGGCUCGACCCGCGCGCCGUCGCCGGGCCGCUCUUCUCGCCGCUCAACGCCACGGAGGUCUGCGCGGUCAAGGAGGUGCGGAAGCGUCCGGGCCUCCCCGGCUGCGAAAAGGGCGGGCCGUUCUCGGCGUACCCGCGGGCCUUUGUCGCGCCGGGCGACGCCUACGGCGCGCGGCCCGUCGUCGGCGACGACCGCUGGCUCGCGCGCGCGCUCUCCGAGGCGCGGCGGAACGCGUCGCGCGUCUUCCGCGUGCUCGUCGUCGGCGGGUCGCCCGCGGCCGGCGAGGGCUGCGUCGACGCGCCCGUCGUCUCGCCGCGCUACGCCUACGCGAAAGCGCCCAAGACGCACGGGUCGAGCUCCGAGUGCUCCUGGGCGUCGCGCCUCGCGCGCUACCUCGAAGCGUUGCUGUUGCCCCGGGGGAACUUCAGAAUCGCCAACGUCGCGCGCGGCGGCGCGUCGAGCGCCUACUUCCUCGCCGGCGCCGACGCGCUGUUCCGGCGGCCGGCGGACCUGCUCCCGAAAGGGACCUCAACACCGCCGCUCGCCGACGACGUCGAUUUGGUGUUGCUGGCGUUCACGGCCAACGACUUCGCCCUGGGCUGCGCCGAGCCGGCGACGUGCUUCGGCGCGCCGGCCGCGCGGGGGCUGGGCGCCUACUUCCGCCGGGGCCGCGCGGGCGGCGCGCCGACGGUCGCCUUCGUGGACACGGCCCUCCAGCGGGUCUCGAGGACGCCCGAGAACCUCACGCGCGCGGACUUUUCCGAGCGCCACCGCGCGCUCGCGCGCGCGGUAGCGGCGCCGCUCGUCGAGAGCAUGUUCUGGAACGGCGGCACGUUCCGGGACGAAGCGGAGCAGCGCAGGGCCGCGGCGUUCCUGAACGCCUACCUGGCGCCGGCGCUCCGCGUCGCCCUCGAUGCCAUGAUGGGACCCGCGUCCUGGAAGGGCUUUGGGCAUUACGGCGCGGCCUACCACGAGUGGGUCGCCGCGACGGUCUUCUACGCGCUCGUCGCGCCCGCGGCGGAGCGAGAGCACGGGGCGGCGGAGGCGGAAGCGGCCCCCGCGGCGGCGCCCGCGGCGGCGGCGCCGCGGGCCUGCGGCGGCGACGGCGACGCGCUCGCGCUCUGCCACCUCGCGAACGAGGGCGCGGCGUCGUCGCUCGUCUUCGACGCGGGGCCGAACCGCGAGGCGCUCGUCGGUUCGCCCGACGGCUGGCUCCACGGCGAGGACGUGCCGGGCAAGAGCGGCUGGGUGGCCUGCGACGGCGGCGGGGCGGCAAUAUCGUUCCGCGUCGAGUGCGCGGCGGGCGACGUCGUCGUCGGCUUCCUGCAGAGCCACGACCGGCGCAUGGGCGUCGCGAACGUGACCGUGGCGCAGGGCGCGGCGGUGCGCAGUUUUUUGGUUGCGUCCUGGGACCGGCGGCCCCGGUCCGUCUACGCGACGAAGGCGCUCACGGGCCUCGCGGCCGGCGAAACCGUCGUGUCCCUCCGCGUGCUCGACCGGAACCAGCACGCGGGACCGGCGGGGAACGCGUCCUGCCCCACGUUCCUCGCCGCGCCGGACUGCUGCCACCGCGACAAGUUCAAGCUAUUGAGCCUCGCGUGCACCUAA